AUGUGGCGGAUUCCGGGGCUCCUAGGAAGGGCCCUGAACCGCUGUCAUGCUUCCAAUAUCCAGGGAUGUGUUCACGGAGAGACUGAAGCUUUAAAUCCUUCAUCUCUGAUUCCGUUGGGUCAGAAUGUGGGUAGCAAAAGUUACAGCUCCCAAUCAUCAGGUGCGCACAGUGGUCAGAAUGAACAGAAACAUAAGAAAAGGGGGAACUUUCAGUUUUGCACUGGUCAGCUGCCACAGUAUACUGUACUGAAUGCAUUUAGCGUGGGAGCCACAGCUGUGAUUUUCCUGCAUUUAGCUCGCCAGGCAUCAUUGUACUGUCGCACCAAUAAACCUCAGGAAGACAGGUGCUCACGGCGCAGUUACCUGGAACAGAUCCUCUCAUCUCUUUAUCAGUGCAGCAGAUCGUCCGUCAGCAAUCACAUUUUGUCUAAGAAUGUCCAGUCUAGUACUUGGAGUAACGCUCAGCUGCGUAGUGAUGCUGCUCUGCAGGAUGUGGAUAAUUCUCUUGAGAGUGCAUCUUUAGCUUCCUCGAGUGAUAAUGACCUGCUCCAUCAUCUGGUCGAGCAAGAUUCCUGCAGUGAUGUAAACCUUGGCUCUUCACAUGGGUUAGACCAUAGUUCAGAAGAGAGUACAUCAAGACCUGUUAAUGAGCUACGGGAGCCCAAAGAAGACCACGUGGAAUCAUUAAACCUUGCUGCCUCUCAUUUGUUGGAGUUGACACAGACCAGUGUACCGACAGUGCUAAACAUAUUUGGGAUCAUCAGCGCCAGAGACAGUGCUGAUUACAAGUCCGCUUUCCACUUCUUUCAAGAAUCCGCAGAAACUGGCUACAACAAGGCCCAAUACAACACGGCUGUGUGCUAUGAGAAAGGAAAAGGGGUGGCCAAAGACAUGACCAAAGCAGCAGAAUAUUAUGGUCUGGCAGCCAGCGGGGGGCACCAGCUUGCCAAAUAUCGUUAUGCCCGCCAUUUGCUACAGUCUACCAGUGGGGACACACAGUCAGCACUACAGCUGCUUCUUGAAGCUGCCCAGGCUGGUGUGAAAGAGGCUCAAGCCUAUUUAGGAGUUUUCUAUAGUAAAGAGUCUCAUUUUGAUCCAGAGAAGGCAGCAAAAUACUUCUGGAUGGCAGCUGAAAAUGGAGAUGUUCAAAGUCGCUAUCAUCUGGGAGUGUGCUAUGAAAAAGGAUUUGGAGUUUCAGUGAGCAGACUGGAAGCUCUCACACAUUAUGAAAAGGCUGCAAAAUCAGGACAUGAGCUUGCUCAGCAGAAAUUACUGGAGAUGCAGCAGCUUCAGAGUCCAGAUCUAAGCUCUCCCCUGAACAGUCUUCGAGCCGCAGUCUCCAGCCCCUGUCUUCCUGUUUUGGAGCAAACAAACUUCUGGACAAAAGCCACCUACGCUGCAAGCAGCACAAACAGCCUUGGUCUACCUCACUCAAUGAGCACUGGGGACCUAUUGGUGAUGUCCCCUGCUAAUAGUGGUAGCUACCUCUUGCCACCUUUCUAUAAAACUGCAAUGACGCCUCCAAUGGCCUCUCUCAGAGUUAUUGGGGUUGGAUGA